CUUGUCGGACAGACCAAAAAAGCUCUCGGAGGGAAAAAGAAAAACGAGAACACAAACGCAAGGACAACCUCGAGAAGCACCACCACCACCACCACCACCACCAUAGCAACAGCAACAGCAACAGCAACAGCGACAGCAACAAGCACCACACGACAAGAAGCACCACCACGGCAACAAGUAUUUCUCGCGGUCCUUUCUCGCCGCCCAUGAACCCCGGACAAGCACCGAACCGCCUCUGUCGCUGCUGCGUUCGGGGAUCCUUGGAGGAGGGCAUUGUCAUUGUCAUUGCCAUUGCUCGGGUGGACCCGCGCCGCUUCCGUUCUCGGUCUUUCUUGGCCACCGCUGGGAGCGACCGGACCGAUCGACCGCAGGGAUGAAUGCUUCGGCGACCCAAGGGAACGCCCCGUCCGAAGUCGACCGGAACGAAAAAGAAGAAGAAGACGAAGAAGAAGAAGACGACGACGACGAGCCCGAGGUCUUGUUCGUCUCCGGUCCCGGACACCGGCGAUACCAUGGCCACGGAGGUUUUGGGGGGGAAGGGCAUCCCCCGCUCGGGACGAUCCGUGGCGGCGACGCGACCAAUCCCAUCGAGCUGAUCGAUCUGAUCGACACCGACGACGACGAAGAAGACGACGACGAAGAGGCGGAGGAAGAAGAAGAAGAAGCCGACGACGACGACGAGGCCAAGCUCCCGCCACCGGCUUUCGAGAGAAGAAGGAGGGACGAAGCCGCAGCGGUUGCCACGACCACGGAUGCUGCUGCGGUGGCCUCUGCAGUCGCGCACAACAAGAACAAGAACUUUACCAACAACAACAACAACAACAACAACAACAUAGACUACGACGACUCCUCCGCUGCUCUUGCGGAACUGGAACUGGAACUGGAACUGGAGCACGAGAACGACAACGACAACGAGAGCAACGAGGACGCGCCGGACCUCCGGAGGCACUGCUGGGCCUGCCACCUGUGGGUCCACCACCCGGGGCUGGCGCCACCGGCGGGCCGGGAGCACCAGGUGUGCCACUCGGCCCUCCACCUGCACCCGACCCUGGGGGUUCCCGUCUGCGUCGUCUGCACCGAGGCCAUCGAGGACCGGGAACUCAGGCUGGCAAGCAGGCAAAGGCAAACGCGAAAGCAGCGGAAGCAGCAACAGCAACAGCGGCACGGGGGAGGAGCAGACAAGGACGCGGACGCCGACAACAGCAAGAGCAACAGCAAGAGCAACGACGAAAGCGAAAGCGAAACCGACAACAAAACCGAUGGAGCACGAAAGGAUCUCUCCGUGGGCUGCAGUGCCUGUGGAAAGUCCGUCGAUUCCGGAGACCUCUCGAGCUGCGGUGUGUGUUUCAGGGCCAUUUGUUCGAGAUGCUCCCGGCAGGCCCGAAACGGCGGGCGAAGCGAGGGGCACAGGGACGGGAAAAACAGCAACAGUAGUAGUAACAACAACAACAUCAACAACAACAACAACGGUGACGACUACGACAACGACCCGCGGAGCUGCAUUUUCUGCCCGUGCGUCCGWCAGCUCCAAAAGGAGCGGGACUCCGACAGCGAGGCCGAGGCCGAUGCGUGCGCCGACGCCAACACCGCCGGGGAGACGCCGGGCCUGCCCGGUUUCCUCCGAACCCUCCGGACCGCGACGCGAAACCUCUUUUCGAGCUCCUUUUCCUCCCCACACGAGCAGAGCCUGGAGGACCUCCUCGAGGAACUCGACUACCUGGAGAMGGAAAAACUCUCCUGCGAGUCCAGGCUGGAGCGCGAGGGGGACCUCCUCGMRGARCUCCGGCGGGARAUCCUCGACGAACGAASGGMRGAUGCGGAGGCCGGACCCACCAAAACGCCGCUGGACAUCGAAGGACUCGUCGGAGARCGWCACGGGGAAUGGAUCGACCACCAGGCGCGGCUGCUGGACCGGAUCAGCAUCCUGGGAGACCUUCUCAAGUCACGCUUUGGAAUCGAGGCCCACGCCGCCUUUUUGUUCCUCCGCGAGCGGCGGUGGGAUUCUUCCGCCUGGGGCCGGCGGAAGCGGGGCAAAAGCGUGGGCGAAAGCGAAAGCGACGACAACAACAGCGACAGCGACAGCGAUGCGGACGAACCUCCCUGGAAGAAAGCCGCGGACCGGGCCAUCGAGAAACGGGCAAGGGCGGAACGAAAGGCCCUGCGAAAGGAGGAGCGGUCGAAGCACCCUCCCCCMCAAACACCCCGGCCGAAGGGCUUUGGGGCCGACGCGGACCCCGAGGACGCCGAGGACCUGGGGAGCACCAGCAGCGAGUCGGGGGGCCACAAGACCACCACCGACGACAACGACAACAACCACGACAACGAUAACGACGACUCCUCCGCCUCCUCCGCCCCGGACCUCUUCGACCUCGGCUGGAGAAAGACCCGGUCCCGGGCCACGCCGGAGGAGGUCCGCAGGGCGAGGCACGCGGAAGACCGCCGGAGGGUGGAGGAGGGCAACGUKAGGCUCGUCGUCCGCAGGGGGAGGGCCGACCGGGACGAAAAAAAGCGCUGGGACGCCGGGCUCGUCUCCUCGAUCCCCCUCGCACCAGGGAUCCUUGGCCGCCGCUCCCGCUCCCGCUCGAACCAGGGGAAGCGGUCCCUGCCGAUUCGGACCAUCUCCCUGGUGGAUUCCACCGGCCACCGCCCUCCGCAGGGAAGGGCCCCCCUUCCCAAGCGAGGAAAAGGAAAAGGCCGCAACUCCUUUUCGUUCCGGACCGAACCGGACCGUCCGGACAAGAUCCGCACCCUSACCGGGAGGUCCAAGAGGGAGAGGAGCGGCUUUGUGCACUCGUCCCUGGUUUUGUCCAAAAMCCCGCUCAUCACGGUCGACCAGAGGAUCGAGAAGCACCUCAAGGACCACCAGAGGGAGGGCAUCGAGUUUGUCUUUCGAAAGGCCUUUGCCGACCUGGGKGGAAGCGGAGAGGAAGCUUCCGUCGGGGGCUGCAUCCUCGCCCACUCGAUGGGACUCGGUAAGAACACAAAGGAAUGGAUAAAAACACRGGCAGUGCACACCUGCCUCCAUUUUUAUCGGUUGGGUGGGUGCUUCAAGGCCUUUCUCGSCGGCGUUCGUUCCCACACUCACACWCACACACACCCGCGUCGUCUGUCCUCUCUCUUUUUGGGUGCUCGAACGGAACAGGCAAGUCCCUCACGUGCAUUUCGCUCCUGCAUUCCGUGAUGCUCCAGCCCUCCCUGACGGAUUCCGGGAGGCGCCGCGGAACCAUCCACAAGGUCCUCCUGGUCGUCCCCGUCAACACCCUUUGCAACUGGGAGGAAGAGUUCGAGAAGUGGACGGGGGGGAUGGAGAAGCAUUGCCGGCUCCCCGUGUGGAACGUGUCGGGGGCCGAGCCCUCGACCCGACCCCUGCUGCUAGGGGAGUGGGAARACAAGGGGGGCGUCCUCCUCACCUCGGACGCCCUCUUUCGGAACAUGGCCAAGAUCGAGGCCAUCGCGGAGCGCCUCGGGGACGCCGACGCCGUGGUGUCGGACGAAAGGUACGUACGUAAUGUCACGUCACGUCACGUCACGUCCGCCGGCCCACUCGCCAACACGAACGACUCCCGGCGCGGCGGUGGUGGCGGCCUUGCCAUGCGCCCUUUUUCUCUCACACCCACCCAUCCGUUCUUCUUGUUCCUUGCCUUCGUUCGCCCCUGCCCCUUUCCUUUUUGAAAACGCAACAAAUACAACAACAACAACAACAACAACAACAACACAGCCACAUAAUGCUCAAGAACAAGGACAACCUCGUUUAUAAGGCGUUUAUGACAAUCAAGACCAAGCGGCGGAUCUGCCUGACGGGGACGCCCUUCCAGAACAACCUACUGGAAUACUACCGGAUGAUUUCCUACAUUCGCCCAAACCUCCUCGGAAGCUCGGAAAGGGAGUUCCUCAGGGAGUACAGCGAUCCGAUCCACGCCGGGAUGGGRACGGACGCUCCGGAAGACAAAAAGGCCGAGGCCGACGGCCUCCUGGAAUCCUUCUUCGAGACGCUAAGGCCCUUUGUCCACCGSAGGGACGCCUCCCUCCUGCUCAGGGACCUCCCCUCGCUCCAGCAGGUCGUCCUCCACCUGAGRCCCACCAAGGUCCAGCGGGCGCUCUACCGGGCCUACAACGARCACCAAAAGGCCGCCAACGACAGGAACUUUCUGAAGCGAUUCGUGACCCUCCGCUCGGUGCACAACCACCCCGGAACCCUCCUGCCGGACCAACGSGACAACGACCCCUCGGCCCCACGAAGGCUCUCCGCCGGGAGCAAGCACUCCGCGACCGGACGCUCCUUUGCGGAGACAAAGAUCGACCGUUUCCCGGCUGCCGGCGGCGGGGCAGCGAAACCGCCCGGCAAAGAAUCCAGCGAUUCGGUCAUUGAGAUCUUGUCGAGCUCCGACGAAGACGACACGGACGGAUACGAGACCUGCACAGAAGGCACCAGGGAAUGGUGGACGAGGGUUGCCARCACGUUCGGUACCGACGCGAUGAAGGACGUCGAGAGGUAGGCAAUCGUCUGGCACGGGGCCCGCCUCCCGCGGGGCAUCGGUCUUGUGGUUUUGGAUUUGUUUGGUUUCGUUCUUUGCCGUCCUUGUCCUAACGAGAUCGUUGCGACUGUUUUUUUGYCAUUCUUUUCAACAUUGGAUUCAUUGAAAGCGGUAACAAAUGCAUCCUUCUUUUGCACAUACUAGCACAUGCAGACGAGAUGGGAGAGAAAACCGUUGUGUUUAGCCAGAGUCUGAAGGUAUGUAUGGUAUCAAUAGCGAGAGAAAACAACGMGUUUGCAAAGAAGGRGACUGYGCUUUCUAACGCUGCCGAAACACUGCUUUCUUCGUUUGGAUACCGACGUUUAGACGCUCGAUUUUUUGUCGGAACUCCUAGCGUCGAAGGAUUGGCACAARCUGUGUCCGUCGCUGGAUAAGUCCUUCCCAURKCGAAAAAGGGGGGGKUGGAUAAAGGGAAGAGACUUUCUCCGGAUCGAUGGGGCGACACCCGGGGACGAGCGAASGGAGCUCUUGCGAGAUUUCGUCGAUUUCAAGUGUYUCAAGCUGUUUCUGAUCAGYUYGACGGCCGGAGGUAUAGGGAUCAACCUCGUUUCGGCCAAUCGUGUCAUUCUGUACGUGGACGGUUGCUGUGCAAUUGGCGUGCUCGUGCCACUAGGCGGUUGGUAUACUCAUCUCAUUUUUUUUCAUACUCUCUGACCAUCGGCUCUUGUAGAUUCGACAGCCACUUCAAUCCAUCGAUCGAUAUACAGGCCAUAUAUCGCUGCUACAGGUAUGGYCAGCAGCGAAACGUGUUUGCCUACAGGUUUUUGACCCAGGGUUCUAUGGAAGAGAAGGUUUACUCCAGAGCMGUAUCCAAAAUCGGGCUCGGAAACCGAGUCAUCGACGGCAAGGAGCUUCGUCGYUGUUUCAGAAAGGACGAGAUCGACUCACUGGGAAAAGAGGACGACUGGGUCGAGUGUGUUCGGUGUCGGCAGUGGCGCAUGUUCCCUCCGGGCCACACCGCAGACAUUGCUAACCUUCCCGACGAGUGGUACUGCGAAAUGAUGGACGAGCACGAUGCCCGGAUGAACAUGACCUGCGGCUUUGAAGAAAAAGAUUCGGUUUGGUACGAUCGUCACUUCAAGAAACCAAACGUCARGAUCUCGCUCCCGUCCAACCCCGGAGCCACCGCCACCGAAGCAUCCAGCAAAAUAUCGGCGGCACAAAGCGAUGAGCUCGUCGAAAAAGACGAAAUCCUGAAAAAGAUCCUGUCGAUUCCGACGAGAUCCAAGAAGGCUGCCCUCAUUGUAAGCAAGCACUACUUUCACGAAGCUCUUGUGUCCGACUUUGAUCCCAGCAAAACCACAGCAACGAACACGGCGGCGACAAUCGCGACGGCUGAAGGUGCAAGGGAUCCAAAARRGGACACGGAGGUUUCGUCCACUCUGGAAGGAAACAGUAUGAAGGGCAGCGACGAAGAGAAAAAGGAGUCUGCAACUCUCAAACAAAACAGGAAAAGCGAUGACGAGACGACGAACAAACGAAAAUAUGCSACAAGUAGAAUGCASAGUCAGAAAAACCUCGAUACCCCUCGACCUGGUCAGAUGCGAUUUAAAAAAUCAAAAAACACAGCAAACAUGGAACGGGUUACGGGUACUGAGUUGUCUACACGGAGACUAAGUCCAGUCAAUUCGAGUGACGAUGAGUUGUACUUUUAGAGCACUUGCUGUUUGMAAGAAACCGUGCUCCGAAACAUUAUGAGCGUUUAGAAUCAGGCGAUAGACUCUAAAUUAUCGUCUUCCGGCUACAACCUGCUUCUUGUAGUCCUCAAAUGCGUCCUUGUUUGACCGUCCCCCCUGCAAAACUUGUACUUUUCGAUUUUCAACAACUAAUAGAGUCUUGCAUACGCU